GCGUAUACAUGUGUGGUGCAAUGCGUCUGCUUCGUUUCCACGAGUUUACUGCGCUUGAAUAAGUGCAAUAAGGUUGAAUAAAGACGAUCGAGAAAGAAAAACAUGAAUAAUCAACUGUUUCAACGAGUUAAAAACUCGCUUCAAAAUGAACAUUAUUCCAUGAACGAUUCCUGGCUCUCCGAGUGCGUGGAAUUUUACAUUAAUGAUCACGAGAAUGCGACGCAGAAAGAAAUAAUCACGUUUGUCAUCAAUCAAUGGUUACUCAGCGAUUUGCGAGAAAUAAACAACGACCAUGGCUGCCUACCGCGCAACUUGGCGAAUCAACGAGUCACGACUUUGCCCGCAAAAUAUAUUUUACAAAUGGAUAAAGUAUACGACAUAUCGCAGUCGAAGUACAAACAGCUCGAAAAAAUAAGACAGGUGUCAACGGAAAAUGUGGAUGCAACUGAGAACGAAAAUGCCAUCCAAGAAGAUAAAUUUUCAGCUUGGGAGCCAAAACCAAAAAGGAUGCUUCAGUUGUUUCUAACUGAUGGACUGCAAGAUGUUUUAGCUAUAGAAUACAAGCCAAUUCGAUUUUUAAAAGAUAAUUUAUAUCCUGGAUAUAAAGUUCUUAUCAAAGGGCCUGUUAUUUGUCGGAAAGGAGUUAUAUUGCUAGAAGAAAAUAAUAUAACAGAAAUUGGUGGAGAAGUUGAAAGCUUAUUAAUCGUUAAUGCAGUGGAAAAUGUUUUUGCCAGAGCCUUGAAUCUUGAGGAAAAUCCAGAUCCUUACAAUGAUAAUAAUGCACAAUCUACUCAAAGUACCCAAAAAAAUAUUCAACUAGAUGAUGAUUUUGACAUUGAUACUCAGGCAUUAGACCAAAUUGAAAAAGAAAUUCAACAAACGUAUUCUGAAGAUAAAAAAUCAAAUAACACAGUCAACAAAAGUAAACAAACUACAAGUACAGCAUCUACUAGUUCUAAAAAAAGUAAAACUGAUUCAUUGAGCUACAGUUAUAGUUAUCCAAAUGUUCCAAUUGAGAUAGAUGAUUCUGAUGAUAAACUAUUAGAAAUGGUUGAUGAAAAACAAUUUCAAGAUUUUUCAAACAUUAAAACUCCAUCUAUAAGUUCUCAUAAAGUAGAUAAGAAAAAACAAUCUUCAUCAAAUAUAAUUGAAAAUCAAUGUGACGAUUUUCCUACAGAAGAAGAAAUGCAAGAUCUAUCUGAAAUGAAAUUUCCUCAUUCUUAUAAUUCAAAACAAUCAACUGAAUUAUCAUCAAAAGUAGUGAAUUCAAGCACAACUCAAACCACGCAUCGUCAAACCAGUAACCAAAACAAACUAAAUUUAGGUAAAUUAAACGAGAAAUGUUCAUCUUGGAAAUUACCAUCUCCGUUACCAUCAGUUUCAAAUGUUAAAAAAAAUUUGAACAUAGUGGAUGAGUAUUCAGCUGAUGAUUUUGAUUUUGAUAUGAAAAUUGAUGAUUUUCGAACACCAGAUGAUAUCCAAAGUUGCCAAGCAUCAACCAACAGAAAAAAACCAAUUUCUGCUAAAUCAAAAUAUAAAAAUGAGUACAGUAGUCAUAUAGAGGAAAAUCUUGCCAUGGAUUUUGAGAAUGAAUUUGACACAGAAUUUGAAUCAAAAUUAGAAAUUAAACCAGAAACUAAACAUAGUAAAAGUGAUCCAUCAUUUUUAGGAAAAGUUUCAUCAAAUACAAGUUCAAAGUCAUCUAAAUUCACUGACUUAAGUUCUAACUAUGAAGUCACUGGAAUAAAGAGAUUAGCUAGUACAAUAUCUCCUUCAACAAUUGGUGCACCUUCGAAAAUGCGCUGUUUACAAAGUACUCCUAAAUCUAAUAGUUUUUCAAGGAAUAUUGCUGAGUAUUUCAAUGACAAAACUGUAUUAGAUGAAAUACUUCCUAAGCAAUUUGAGUAUAUAAAAGAAGUUUUAAAAAAACCUUUAACAUCAGAACCUUGUCGUACUGUUGUGCGAGGAAAAGUUAUUAAUAUUGUGAAAUUGAAUUUGAAUAAUGAUGAGAAUGGAUAUUACUUUCAUUUGGAUGCAACUAUCAGUGAUACUACAUCAACUUUGGAUAUUGUUUUUUCUUCAAAAGUAUUAGAAGAAAUAAUUGGAUAUGAUCCCCAGGAAUUCAGACAAAAAAGACGACAAGGUAAAACCAAUCCCAGUAUAAAAGAUCAACUAAGAGAGGAUUUACAAAAAGCUCAACAAAAAUUAAGAUUAAUGGAUGAAUUCAUGGAAUUAGAACUUAAGUUAGAUCAAAAACCUAAAGUAUUAAAAACUCUCAAGCUCACAAAAGAACAAAAAAAGCAGUAUGAUGAAAUGUUAAAGCUUCAUAAUUCAGAUAGUCCUACGAUGGAAGACAUUUUUAAAAUAAUCAAACCCAAACUUUUUUCGGAUGAUAAGUGCAUUCAAGAAUUCAACUCUCCAGAUACUACAGAUGGCGUUACAGUCUAGAAUUUAAUUUUAUUGGAGGAG